AAGUGCAAACACAGCUGCGCUGGACUUUGGAGUGGACAGUCCGAGUGUCUGUCCAGUUGGGAAAGUUUGUGGCAAAAUGGAGAAGAUUAAACUGUUUCUUCUGAUCUGCGGAGUUUUACACGAAACACGACUCACUUCUGGAGCGUCUGUGUUUCUGUCCCGACAGUCGGCAUGGUCAGUUCUGUCCAGGCAGAAGCGUUACAACACCGGAGCGUUUGAGGAGAUGAUGAAAGAUAAUCUGGAGCGAGAGUGUAUAGAGGAAAGCUGCACAAUAGAGGAAGCACGAGAAGUGUUCGAGAAUGAUGAGAAAACAAUGGAGUUCUGGGCCGGUUAUAUCGAUGGAGAUCAGUGUAACUCGUCUCCGUGUCAGAACGGUGGGACGUGUGAGGACGGGAUGAGCGCGUACGUCUGCUGGUGUCCAAUUGGCUUCAAUGGCAAAAACUGUGAACUAGAGAUGGCGCGUCAGUGCGACGUUAAUAACGGAGGAUGUAUGCAGUUCUGCCUGGUGGAUAAAACGUACGGCGCGGUGUGCGACUGCGCUGACGGAUACAGACUCGCUCUGGACAGCAGGAGCUGUGAACCCACAGCGAAAUACUCCUGUGGCCGUUUGAGUUCACACGUCGCUAAAGCUCCUUCUAGCAGAACACUUUUCAGCGCAGGAACGGUGAACCGGGUCCACUCUGUAGAACAUCAGAACCUCACAGAGAGUAACCUAACAGAACCCAGCAGCACAGUUUCCACAGCGCUCAGCAGCGCCACCACCAGGCUGGCCACAGAGCGUGACUGGGCUUUCUUCCCCACCCUGCCCACCAUCACGGAGAAGGACAACGAUGACCAGCGCAUCGUCGGAGGAAACGAAGCCACACCUGGAGAGAUCCCCUGGCAGGUGGCGCUGGUGGCAACAGAUAAGCAGUUGGUGUUUUGCGGUGGUUCUCUACUGACCGAGAUUUGGGUGGUCACAGCUGCUCACUGUCUGGUGGACGCACAGAACACCACCUACUUCGUCCGGCUGGGAGAGCAUGACGUUAGGAAGGAGGAGGGGACGGAGAGCAAUCACGACAUAGCCGAAGAUCACAUCCAUCCCAGCUACAACCGACAGCGCGGCCACAGCCACGACAUUGCACUGCUGAAGCUGAAAACCCCCGUCACCUUCUCAGACUACAUCAUCCCCAUCUGCCUGGGGCCCAAACAGUUCACGGAGAACCUGCUGAAGAGCGUCCCCAACUCCCUGGUGAGCGGCUGGGGUCGGCUGCGGUUCGGCGGGAGGGAGUCCGCCACGCUGCAGAAGUUGGAGGUCCCGUUUGUGGACCGAACCGAGUGCAAGGGGAGCGAUAAGAUCUCCCGCUUCAUGUUCUGUGCCGGAUACAGCAGCAUCCAAAAAGACUCGUGUCAGGGGGACAGCGGGGGUCCGCACGCCACCAACUACGGGGGCACCUUUUUCCUCACGGGCAUCAUCAGCUGGGGUCAGGAGUGCGCCAAGGAGGGCAAGUUUGGCAUCUACACUCGAGUGUCCAGAUACAUGAACUGGAUCACUAACAUCACCGGAAUCAGAGCAGGAUCCUCUGGACAAUAACACUGACCUGCAGGACCUGCAGUUCAAUCCUGUAAACACACAACAGGCCAAAACACAGAAAUAAGCAGUCUAGAGUAUUUUACCGUUACCUGACCGAUUUCUUGCCAUUUACUUUCCCCAAAGCAGUUUGUGCCAGGGUCUCUAACCCUGCCUUCCUGUGGAGUCUGAUUUCACCCACAGCCUGCCACACCUGGUCCAGCUAGCCAGCUUCUUCAGCUGUUCCUGAUUGGCUGGAUCAGGUGUGGUAGUGUUGGGUUAACCCUUACAGGUCAACUAGGUCAUAAAUGAAAGGACAAAUCUCAGGAAGGCUCCACGCUACUGACUCGCUUUUGUUUUCUGGGAGGGUCGCGCUUUGCUGUUCCUUUCAGAAGCUUAUAAUCCAGCUUACCUGCAGAGUCUCUGUAUAAUAAAUCCUUACUGACCGAUCAAA